UCUGGUACUGAUUCAGGCUAGACGUCUCCUUGGUUCAGUGGACGGUGCACAGCUAAAGACGUUAAAGCAUGAAGGUGUUACUUGUUGUCACGAACCACGACCAGCUGGGAAACACCGGAAAGAAGACCGGGUGGUAUCUACCGGAAGUGGCUCACCCGUAUGACGUUUUCAAGAAGGCUGGACAUGACAUCGUAUUUGUCAGUCCUCGGGGUGGAAAGGCGCCCCUGGACCCCGGCAGUUACGAAGCUUUCAAAGAUGAUCCCGUCUGCAAGGCUCUUCUGGAAGAUAAAACUGUCAUGUCCCAACUGGAUAAUACUAAAUCUCCUUCCCAGGUCAAUGCAAGUGAAUUCAAGGUGAUAUUUUACGCUGGUGGUCACGGCCCAAUGUUUGACCUGCCACAGUGUGACGCUAUCGGGAAGCUGGGGGCACAGAUCUAUCAGAGUGGAGGCAUUGUCAGUGCUGUAUGUCACGGCACCGUUGGCCUCAUCCCAAUACGGUUGGACAACGGGGACAGUAUCCUGAAGGGCCAGACGGUGACCAGCUUCACCAACGCUGAGGAGGAGGCGGUCAAGUUGAUGGAGGCAAUGCCGUUCCCACUGGAGACGAGAUUGAAGGAAUAUGGAGCUAAAUUUGUAGGAAUGGAUAAUUUCGCUCCAAACGUUCAGGUGAGCGGAAGAAUAGUGACAGGGCAGAACCCAGCCUCUGCCACGCCGACUGCUGAAUCCAUCCUCAAACAACUCAGAUAACAAGGUCCAGAUGUCCCGCUCUACUUGUUAAGGGACGCACAUCAUAUGCUAAUCCGAAGUCUCUACUUAUUCCUCACCCUCAAAGCGCAUUUCGACAAUAACGACUUCUUUAAUGAUAUUGAUCCAUGACAACGGUAUUUAUUCCGACUGGUUGUAUCUAAUUGAACAUCUUGUGUUUAUUAAAAUUUAAUACUCUGGUUUGAAUUUCCAAUAAAAGAUCACAUUAAA